UUUCUAUCCACUCUGGUCUCUCCCCUCCGCCUGCCUGCCUGCCUGCCUGCCUCACCACCAGAGCCAUUCGGUCUGACCUUCCCAGACGUAUUUCAUCCAAAAGAGAAAAACUCCUCCAGAUUUCAGAAUGAGCAAUUACAGGUCCACCUCUUACAGUGUUAAGAGUUCUUCUGCUCCAAGGAGCUACAGCAGUUUUUCCUACGCCGGACCGAGCAGUACGUCUUCCCGCAAGAGCUACAGUGUCAAGAGUUCCUUUGGAGGAGGCAACAGGUCAGGCUAUGGAGGUGGUAUCGUCAGCUCCAAUGCCUUUGGCCUGGGCUCAAGCAUGGGUGGCGGUGGUAGUAUGGGAAUGGGUGGUGGUAUGGGAAUGAGUGGUGGUAUGGGAAUGGGUGGUGGUAUGGGUGGUGGUUACGGCAUGGGUCAGGCCCCUAUCACGGCCGUUACUGUGAACAAGAGCCUGCUGGCCCCCUUGAACCUGGAGAUCGACCCCAACAUCCAAGUUGUCCGCACCCAGGAGAAGGAGCAGAUCAAGACCCUCAACAACCGCUUUGCUUCCUUCAUCGACAAGGUCCGCUUCCUGGAGCAGCAGAACAAAAUGCUGGAGACCAAGUGGAACCUGCUGCAAGGACAGACCACCACCCGCUCCAACAUUGACGCCAUGUUUGAGGCCUACAUCAGCAAUCUGCGCAGACAGCUCGACAGCCUAGGCAAUGACAAGAUGAAGCUGGAGGCCGACCUGCACAACAUGCAGGGCCUGGUGGAGGACUUCAAGAACAAGUAUGAAGAUGAGAUCAACAAGCGCACAGAGUGUGAGAACGACUUCGUCCUCAUCAAGAAGGAUGUCGAUGAGGCCUACAUGAAUAAGGUUGAGCUGGAGGCCAAGCUGGAGAGUCUGACAGACGAGAUCAACUUCCUCAGGUCGAUCUAUGAGGAGGAACUUCGUGAGCUCCAGGGACAGAUCAAGGACACCUCAGUCAUCGUGGAGAUGGACAACAGCCGCAACCUGGACAUGGACUCCAUCGUGGCUGAAGUCAGGGCUCAGUAUGAGGACAUCGCCAACCGCAGCCGUGCCGAGGCAGAGUCAUGGUACAAGACCAAGUAUGAGGAGAUGCAGACAUCCGCUACCAGAUAUGGAGAUGACCUGAGAGCUACCAAGACAGAGAUCGCAGACCUCAACCGCAUGAUCCAGAGACUGACAUCAGAGAUUGAUGCCGUUAAGGGACAGCGUGCCAACCUGGAGGCCCAGAUCGCUGAGGCUGAGGAGCGCGGUGAGAUGGCAGUGAAGGACGCCAAGGCCCGCAUCAGGGACCUGGAGGAAGCCCUACAGAGAGCCAAACAGGACAUGGCCCGCCAGAUCAGAGAGUACCAGGACCUGAUGAACGUCAAGCUGGCUCUGGACAUUGAGAUCGCCACAUACAGGAAGCUGCUGGAGGGAGAGGAGGACAGACUGGCCAACGGCAUCAAGGCUAUCAACAUUUCCCAACAGAGCACAAGCUACAGCAGUUUCCCCAUGGACAGCAUGAAGAGCAGCUACUCAAGCGGCUACUCCAGCGGAUACGGCGGCGGAUACGGAAGUGGAAGCGGAUACAGCAGUAGCGGUGGCGCAUACAGCAGCGGCGGCGCAUACAGCAGCGGCGGCGGCUUCAGCACCGGCAGCAGCGGCGGCGGCAGCACCAUCACCACCCAGAAGAAGAACGUUGUUAUCAAGAUGAUCGAGACCAGAGACGGCAAAGUGGUUUCUGAGUCGUCUGAGGUCAUUGAGGAUUGAGCUGUGUAGUUUAGCGGUGUAGCUAGCUGUCUGCUAUGAUCUCCUCUGCCUCUCUGGUAGUUUUAUACUUACAGUUCACCCCCCUCCCUCCAACUAUGAAGUAAAAUGCUUGCCAGCCACUCUCCAAUAGAGCCUAAAACAUUUUUAUGAAGCAAUAAAUGAUCCUAACACUACCAAAGAUCUGAAAGGGACCAAAGAAUUUAUACUGUAUGUCUGAUGUCUGACUGUCUGUACUAAAAAGUAGUUUUGUCUCAGAGGGUGAGAUAAAACCUGGGCAAAUUGCAACUAUGAAGUAAAAAAUAUAUAACACUCCCUUGAAAUCUAUGCAACAGCUAUUCCAUCCAUGAAGGGUUGUGUCGUUCCAAACGGUGUUGCAUAGACAGUGGUGUGGUCAAAGGAAUGUGAAUGUACUGAAACAGUGCUUCAGCGUCGUUGGUCAACUAAUGUCUUAAAUUGCCUGCGAUAGAAGGUAGUGCAUGUCUUCCCUGUGCGUGUCCUGUAACUGAAACUGUUCGACCCCUUAGGAGGCGGCCCACAUCAUCCUGUUGUCCUGAGGUGCUGUUUUUGCUACCAAACAAAUAAAAUGUGUUUACUGAAAGACAA